UCAUCCUACUUUACUUCCCGUCCAGACAACCCCUCACUCGGGCCUGCGCUGCGGCGCGGCCCCCUGGCUUCGGAAAUUCAGUCUCGGGCCGAGGUCCGCGGCCGUUGGACGAGGAGCAGUCGCGGCAGGCGGUGGGAAGGCUGCCUGGACGGAGGCGCUCGUGGUUCUCCACCAUGGCGGCGGCGGUGCGCGCUGCGGGAAUUCUCCCAGCGCUCUGUGGCGCGUCGGCGGGUCAUUUAUGGUCCAGGCAGCUUUAUGUAAACAGCUUUCCGACAGCUUCCAUUUUGGCACUGAAGACUGUUCCCAGCAAUGGCUCUUUGUCAUCUCCAGGAACCAGAGACAACCGUCAUUUUAUCAGCUUGACCCGUGCGCUACAGACACAGUGCUGUAUUUCUUCUCCCAGUAACUUGAUGGGCCAGCAGUAUAGAUUCUAUAGUUUCUUCACUAAAUUGACAGCGGAUGAGCUGUGGAAAGGUGCCUUAGCAGAGAGUGGUGCUGGAACAAGGAAAGGAAGAGGCAAAAGAACUAAGAAAAAGAAAAGGAAGGAUCUGAACAGGGCUCAGAUCAUCGGUGAAGGGCGUUGUGGCUUCCUAUGGCCUGGUCUGAAUGUCCCUCUUAUGAGAAAUGGAGCUGUGCAGACCAUUGCCCAAAGAAGCAAGGAAGAGCAGGAGAAGGUAGAGGCGGAUAUGGUCCGGCAGAGAGAAGAGUGGGAGUGGAAGAGGAAGAUGAAGGUUAAACGGGAGCGAGGCUGGAGCGGAAACACGUGGGGAGGUGUCAGUCUCGGCCCCCCUGACCCUGGUUCCAGUGGAGAAACAUAUGAUGAUUUCGAUACCAGGAUACUUGAGGUGAGGAAUGUUUUCAAUAUGACAGCAAAAGAGGGAAGAAAGAGAUCAGUCCGUGUCCUGGUCGCUGUGGGGAAUGGCAGAGGAGCUGCAGGUUUUGCCAUUGGGAAAGCCGCUGAACGGGCAGAUGCUUUCAGAAAAGCAAAGAACAAGGCAGUUCACUAUUUGCAUUAUAUAGAACGAUAUGAAGACCAUACAAUAUACCAUGAUAUUUCUUUAACAUUUAAAAGGACGCAUAUCAAGAUGAAGAAACAACCCAGAGGCUAUGGCCUCCGCUGCCACCGGGCCAUCAUCACCAUCUGCCGGCUCAUUGGCAUCAAAGACAUGUAUGCCAAGGUCUCUGGCUCUGUCAACAUGCUUAACCUCACCCGGGGCCUCUUCCACGGGCUCUCCCGCCAGGAAACCCAUCAACAGCUGGCUGACAAGAAGAGUCUCCACGUUGUGGAAUUCCGGGAGGAAUGUGGCCCCCUGCCCAUCGUGGUUGCCUCCCCCAAGGGGGCCUUGAGAAAGGAUCCGGAGCCAGAACAUGAGGUUCCAGACAUCAAACUGGACUGGGACGAAGUGAAGGCUGCACAGGGUAUGAAGCGCUCUGUGUGGUCAAGUUUAAAGAGAGCCGCCACCUAGGCCUUCUUCUGGCCUGGCUCAGCCUGGCAUCUCUUGCUUCUGGCACCUGGGAGAGACUCAACCCCUCACACUUUGGAUUGUCACUUGUUUUUGUUUGUUUUUUUUUAAAGGAAAGGCCAACCUUACAUUUCUUUAUUGACAAAUAACAAAUAAUUAUAGGUUUAAUUUAUUGAGCACAUCGUAUAUACCAAUUACUGUGAUAGGAACUUUACAUACAUAUCUUAGUUAAAAACUACUUUAAAUAUUCAUUUAAACUAGCAAAUUAGGGAGGCAGGGCUUCUAGUCUGAGCUAAUAAAAAAAUAUGCAGUUAAGUUAUAGUUACUUGACUACAGUCAAGAAAGCUAGAAAGUAGCUUUCAGCUAGAAAGUAGAGGAAAAUGGGCAAACUUUGUUCUUUCUGACUCUAGAAAUUCUCCUUUUUAGUAAACCUCUUUGUAUCGAUGUUUUAGUGGUUGCUCUAGGUAUUACGUUAUACCUAUAUCACUUAUCACCAGUCUACUGGUGUUGACUUUUUAGCAGUUUGAGUCAAGUAUAGGAAUCUUACUUCCCUUUAAAUCCCUUUACCCUCACCUGUUUCUAUAAUUGUUUUAAAAUUUCCUCUGCCUACACUGAGAACCACAUUAGACAACAUUAUAGUUUUGCUUCAACCAUGAAACAUAAAAAACUAAAGAAAAAAAAAAUAGCCUAUUGUAUUUACCCAUGUUUUUGCUCUUUCAAUCAUUCGUUCUUCUUUCCUGACAUUCCGAGAGUCCUUUUGUCAUUUUGAGUGGGGAAAAGCCAAGUUCCCCUCCUGUGUGUCUCCUUAACUCUCACAGUACUACCACACUCCCAGAACUUCUGACAGCAGAUGUGGGGGGUUUCCCCUCACCAAGCAAUCUGCAACACCAGCUGCAUGUCCUACAAUUUAACUCAAUUCUGACACUGUCUACCUGGAGGUAACAUCAAAUUCCACUGGUUAAAGGCUCAGUCCCACAAGACUGCCCCCACCCCACUUCACACCAAUUACAAGUCCGGUUGUCACCUGUGCUUCUGACUCAUCAGCUGUAAAUCAGAGGUUCCCAUGACUCCCUCAUUGUGUUUGAUUAAUUUGCUAGAGUGGCUCACAGAACUUAGGAAUACAGUUUAUUUAUUGCCUACCAGUUUAUUAUAAAAGGAUAUGAUAAAGGAUACAUAUGAACUUCCAGAUGGAAGAGAGACAGAAUUUUAAAAUUUUCAUGAAGUCUAAUUUGUCUAUUUUUCUUUUGUUGCCUGUAUCUUUUGUGUUCUAUACAAGUAAUUAUUGCUAAAUCCAGUGUUGCGAAGCUUUUGUCCUGUGUUUUCUUCUAAGAGUUUUAUAGUUUUGGGUCUUACAUUUAGGCCUUUGAUUUCUUUUGAGUUUGUUUUUGUGUAUGGUGUUAGAGAUCAACUUCAUUCUUUUGCAUGUGGAUAUCCAGUUUUCCCAGCAACAUUUGUUGAAAACACUGUCCUUUCCCCAUUGAAUGGUCUUGACACCUUUGUCAAAAAUCAUUCAACCAUAUAUACAAAGGUUUAUUUCUGGGCUCUCUAUUCUAUUCCAUUGGUUUACAUGUCUGUCUUUAUGCCGGUACCACACUGUUUUGGUGACUAUAGCUUUGUUGGAUAUUUUGAAAUCAGGAAGUAUGAGUCUUCCCGUUUUGUUCUUCUUUUUCAAGAUUGUUUUGGCUAGUCAGGUGUCCCUUGAAAUUCCAUAUGAAUUUUAGGAUGGGUAUUUCUGUUUAUGCAAAAAGUAUCUUUGGGAUAUUGAUAGGGAUUGCAUUGAAUCUGUAGGUCACUUUGGGUAGUACUGACAUCUUAACAAUAUUAAGUCUUCCAAUCCAUGAACGUGGGUAUGUGUUCACUUAUUUACAUCUUCUUUAAUUUCUUUUAGCAAUGUUUUAUAGUUUUCAUUGUACUUUCACUUCCUUGGUUAAAUUAAUUCCCAAGUAUUUUAUUCUUUUGGAUGCCAUUUUAAAUGAAAUUGCUUUUGUAAUUUCCAUUUGAUAAGGGAUAUUGGUCUAUAGUUUUCUUGUAGUGUCUUUGGCUUUUCUAUCAGGGUAAUGCUAGUCUCAUAGAAUGAGGAAGUAUUCCCCCCUCUUCAAUUUUUUGGGGAAAGUUUGAGAAAAAUUAAUAUUAAUUCAUCUUUAAAUGUUUGAUAGAAUUCAACAGUAAAGCCACCAGGUCUAGGGGUUUUCUUUGUCAGGAGAUUUUUGAUUACCUACUUAAUCUCCUCAGUAGUUAUAGGUCUAUUCAUAUUUUCUAUUUCUUCGUGAUUUAGUUUUGGUAGGUUUUGUGUUUUUAUGAAUUUGUUCAUUUCAUCUAGCUUACCCAAUUUAUUGGUGUACAGUUGUCCAGUAUACUCUCUUAUAAUCCUUUUUAUUUCUAUAGAAUCAGUAUUAACAACCUUACUUUUAUUUCUAAUUUUUUAGUAAUUUGAGUCUUCUCUCUUUUUAUUCUUAGUCCAUUGAGCUAAAGGUUUGUCAAUUCUGUUGAUCUUUUCAAAGAACCAACUCUUGCUUUCAUUGAUGUUUUUCAGUUAUUUUUCUAUUCUCUAUUUUGUUUAUCUCUGCUCUAAUCUUUAUUAUUUCCUUUUUUCUGCAAAUUUUGGGUUUAGUUUAUUCUAGUUCCUUAAGUUGUAAAUUAGGUUGUCAAUUUGAAAUCUUUCUUGGUUUUCAGUGUAAGCAUUUAUAGCUGUGAAAUUCACCCUUUGCACUGCUUCGCUGUGUCCCAUAAACUUUGGUAUGUUGUAUUUUCUUUUUUAUGUAUCUCUAAGUAUUUCUAAUUCCCUUUGUGAUUACGUUUUUGAUUUAUUGAUUGUUUAAAGUGUGUUGUUUGAUAUCUAUAAAUUUGUGAAUUUUCGAGUUUUCCUUUUGUUAUUGAUUUCUGACUUCUUGUUGUGGUUGGAUAAGUUACUUUUUGUAAUAGUUAUCUUUUAAAAUCUGUAUGACAGUUUCUGGCCUAACAUAUGAUGUAGCAAAAUUUUCUGAUGAGAUCUGCUGGUAGUUUUAAUGAGGAUCCCUUGUAUGUGAUGAUUUACUUCUUGCCUCUUUGAAGAUUGUCUCUUUGUGCUUGUCCUUUGAAAAUUUGAUUAUAGUGUGUCUUGUUGUGGAUCCCUUUGAUUUUAUCUUACUUGGAGUUUAUUUUAUUUUAUUAUUAUUAUUUUUCGUUUUUUUUAAAUCAGUCAUCAAUUUUAUACACAUCACUGUAUACAUGUCAAUACCAAUCGCCCAAUUCAGCACACCACCAUCCCCACUCCACCACAGUUUUCCCCCCUUGGUGUCCAUACGUUUGUUCUCUACAUCUCUGUCUCAACUUCUGCCCUGCAACCCAGUGCAUCUGUACCAUUUUUCUAGGUUCCACAUACAUGCGUUAAUAUACGAUAUUUGUUUUUCUCUUUCUGACUUACUUCACUCUGUAUGACAGUCUCUAGAUCCAUCCACGUCUCAGCAAAUGACUCAAUUUCGUUCCUUUUUAUGGCUGAGUAAUAUUCCAUUGUAUAUAUGUACCACAACUUCUUUAACCAUUCAUCUGUCGAUGGGCAUUUAGGUUGCUUCCAUGACCUGGCUAUUGUAAAUAGUGCUGCAGUGAACAUUGGGGUGCAUGUGUCUUUUUGAAUUACGGUUUUCUCUGUGUAUAUGCCCAGUAGUGGGAUUGCUGGGUCAUAUGGUAAUUCUUCUAGUUUUUUAAGGAACCUCCAUAUUGUUCUCCAUAGUGGCUGUAUCAAUUUACAUUCCCACCAACAGUGCAAGAAGGUUCCCUUUUCUCCACACCCUCUCCAGCAUUUGUUGUUUGUAGAUUUUCUGAUGAUGCCCAUUCUAACUGGUGUGAGGUGAUACCUCAUUGUAGUUUUGAUUUGCAUUUCUCUAAUAAUUAGUGAUGUUGAGCAUAUUUUCAUGUGCUUCGUGGCUGUCUGUAUGUCUUCUUUGGAGAAAUGUCUAUUUAGGUCUUCUGCCCAUUUUUGGAUUGGGUUGUUUGUUUCUUUAAUAUUGAGCUGAAUGAGCUGUUUAUAUAUUUUGGAGAUUAAUCCUUUGUCCGUUGAUUCGUUUGCAAAUAUUUUCUCCCAUUCUGAGGGUUGUCUUUUCAUCUUGUUUAUGGUUUCCUUUGCUGUGCAAAAGCUUUGAAGUUUCAUUAGGUCCCAUUUGUUUAUUUUUGUUUUUAUUUCCAUUACUCUAGGAGGUGGAUCAAAAAAGAUCUUGCUGUGAUUUAUGUCAAAGAGUGUUUUUCCUAUGUUUUCCUCUAAGAGUUUUAUAGUGUCCAGAUGUUUUAGAUGUUUAUAUUCAUGUCUUUCAUCAAAUUUGGGAAGUUUUCAGCCAUUACUUCUUCAAGUGUUUUAUUCUGCCCUUUUCUCUUUUUUCUGGGACUUCCACAAUUUGUAUGUUGAUCUGUUUGAUGCUGUCCUACAGGUCCCUUAGCGCUGUUCAUUCUUCUUCAAUCAUUUUCUUUCUGUUCCUCAGAUUGAUAAUUUCUGUUGUCCUGUCUUCAAGUUAAUUGACUCUUUCUUUUGCCUGCUCAAACCUGCCUUUUAAUCCCUUUAAUAAAAAUUUCCAUUUCAGUUAUUAAAAUAUAGCUACAGAAUUUUUUUGUUUGCUUCGUUUUAGGUGUUCGAUAUCUUUAUUGGUGUUUCCAUUUUGUUCAUACAUCGUUUUUUUUGGUUUUGUCCCCAUCUUCCUUUAGUUCUCUGAGCAUCUUUAAGACAGUUGUUUUAAUGUCUUUGUCUAUUAGAUCUGCCAUUGGGUCUUUCUCAGGGACAGAUUCAAAAGUAGACAUUUUAAUCUAAUAAUGUGGUAACUCCAGAAAUCAGAUUCUCCUCCUUCCCCAGGGUUUGAUGUUUUUAAAUGUUUUAAAUUUAUGUAUGUAUGUAUUUAUAUUGUUGUAGGUUGCCUCUAUGUCAAGAAUAUGCCAAGAUGUAAACUUAAGGUCUUCUCAGGUCUUUUCUGAGUCUGUGCCUUUCCCUGGGUAUGCAUGAUCACUUUAUAAUGUUCCUUGUAUAUGCAGCUCCUUUUGAACCUCCUACUCUUUAAUGUGUGACCCCCAAAAGGUGAAAAAGAGAAAAAUAAAGAGAAGGGGAAAAGGGCAUUAUCCCUUUAAAUCCCCUUAAAGUCACUUCAGCUGGAGGUGGAGGGACUUCUAACAGUUGUGGGAGGUGCAACAAAAUUAGCCACCAGCCUUUUUGUCUACACCUCUCUGAUCAGAGGCAGCAAUCAGUGAUCAGAGCAGAGAUCCCUGGUAUUUGGGGGACAGGGUCCUUUUUGCCCACCCUGGCUUCAGCAAGCUGUGUGCAGGCUGCUCCAAGGACACUUGCCCAGCUGCCUGCCAGGUGGCUUAAAGCAGGGGUGGGUGGCUGCUACUGUGCUGAGUGACGAAAUUGCCCAAAAUUAGCCACAAUUUACCAUCCAUGCAUUUCCCUGAAAGUCAGAAACCUUCAAUAACUCCACAAUCCCAAAACAGUUACAUCAGAUUCUGCCAGCACAGUUGUCAUUUAGGUGGGGAGACAGAUUCCUGGUGCCUGCUACAACCAAAGGGUUCUGAGAACCCUUUCUUGUUGCCCUUGUUCUCUGUUCCUAUUGUUGUCUUCCACCCCUGUCUGCUUUGUGUGUGUGUGUGUGUGUGUGUGUGUGUGUGUUGUUUUAAUUGAGCAUUUUAUAUGAUUUCAUUUUCUCUCUCAGAAUGUCAUUAUAUUUUUUUUUAGUGGCUGCCCUAGAGUUUCCAAUAUAAACUUACAACUAAUCCAAGUCCACUUUCAAAUAACACUGUACCACUUCAUGGGUAGUGCAAGUACCUUAUAAUAAUAAAGUAUUUCUAAUUCCUCCCUCUUGUCCCUUAAUGUCAUUCUUUUCACUUUUACAUAAUUUAUAACCAGUGAUACACUGUGACUAUUUUUAUUUUGAACAAACUGUUAUAUGUUAGAUAACUAAGAAAAAUAUUUUAUUUUUCCUUCACUUAUUCCUUCUUUAAUGCUCUUCCUUUCUUUAUGCAGACCUGAGUUUCUGGCCUAUAUCAUUUUCCAUCUUUCUGAACAGCUUCUUUUAACAUUUCUUGCAAGGCCAGUCUACUUGACAAAUUCCCUCAAUUGUUGUUUGUCUGAGAAAGUCUUUAUUUCUCCCUUGCUUUUGAAAGAUAAUUUUACAGGAUACAAAAUUCAAGGUUGGUGAGAUUUUUUUCCCCUCAACACUUUAAACAUUUCAUUCCACUCGCUUCUUACUUGCAUGGUUUCUGAGGAGAAGAUGGAUGUAAUUCUUAUCUUUGCUUCUCUAUGGGUGAGAUAUUUUUUCCCUUGGCUUCUCUCAAGACUUUUCUUUACCUUUGAUUUUCUGCAAUUUCAGAGGGUACUUUUUUUUUUGGCCAUGUGGCUUGUGGGAUGUCAGUUCUGUAACCAGGGGUUGAAGCCAGGGCACAGCAGUGAAAGCCCGGAAUCCUAAUCACUAGGCCAUCAAGGCACUCUCUGAUUUUCUGCAAUUUCAGACUUACACAUAUAUGGUCAAAUGAUUUUUGACAGACUCCAAGGUAAUUCAAGGAGGAAAAGAAUAAUCUUUUCAACAUUUAGUGCCUGGAACCCUUGGAUAUUCAUGUGGAAAAAAAAAAGCUUGACCUUACUUCAGGCUACACACAAAAGUUAACUCAAAAUGGAUCAUAGACCUAAAUAUAAAAGUUAAAUCAAUAAAAUUUCUAGAAGAUAAUCUUGAAGACCUCAGUGUAGGCAAUAACUGAUGUCUUAGAAACACAAAAACAUAAAUCAUAAAAAAGAUACAUUGGUAGACCAGUCUUCAUAAAAAUAAAUGUUCUGCUUUUCAAAAGACAGAAAAAGAAAACAAAAAGACAAGCCACAGAUUGGGAGCAAAUAUUCACAACACACAUAACUGACAAAGGACUUGUGUACAACUUGGGUCAUGCAUCCCUCUGACAAUAUGUACACCUGCUUCUCAUUAUUUGUUCUGUACUGUGAUUUUGCCAACUGCUAAUAUUCAUUUGUACCCCUGAAGUGGAUCCUUAUGGUACUUCUGGGUCAUUUGUGGACAUGUGCAGAGUACUUGGGAACUUGAGUUGCCUGAUGUGCACAUUCUGGCUGAGGUUGAACAAGGUGAUGCUCUGCUUUCAUGUUUCAGCCCUUGUCCUGUAGCCAGGUAUCCUUUUCACGGUCUAUUUAGCACCAUGUGUUUUGCAUUCUUGUGCUUUUUGUUGGUGAUUUUACUUUUUAAAAUGGUGCUCAAGCACAGUUAGUGCUGACUAGUGUCCCUAAGCGCAAAAAGGCUGUAAUGUGCCUUAUGGGGAAAAUACCUGUCUGUGUUAGAUAAGCUUCAUUCAGGAAUGAAUUACAGUGCUGUUAGUCAUGAAUUCAGUGUUAAUGAAUCAACCAAAUACAUUAAAUAAGGCGUCUUUAAACAGAAACACAGAUAAAACAAGGUGAUGUAUUUGCCAGCUGGUGAAAAUGUAGUGACCAUAGGCUUAUAGAACCUAAUGCUGUAUUUAUCCUAGGAGCAGUAGUUCAGUAUUUACUAAGCCAGUGUUUGUGGUGACUUUAUAGAACCUAGUUACUGUGAAUAAUGAGAAUCAAAUGUAUAUCUGCUAUGUAUAUCUGAAGUAUUGCUCUAUUGCAUUCAAGAUUUCAGAGCUGUUAUUUGAUGAUUGGAGGGAAAUUAUUUUUAACCCAAAUUGUAUAUCCUGCUAAACUAUUAAUCAAGUGCAAAGGUAGAAUAAAAUAUUUUCAAACACAA